AUGUAUGCAGUUCCAGAUAAUAAUCGGGGUUACUAUUCAAAAGGGGGUAUAAACACUGCUCAAAACUCAUCAAAGCAGCAUACAGAUUUUGUUUCCAUUAAUUCUGUUAGGAAAACUUCCGCUGUAUCAUUAAAUGGCUGCUCAAAUUUCGAAUCAAGAAAACUAAGUUUUGAUGCCGUCAGUCCCAAUUCCAUGUAUAUGCUAAAAAUGGUGGGCUCAUCAGUGUCAACUAUUCAAUAUAUCAAUAAUGGUUUUACAGAUGGCCUGUUGAGAAUUGAAACAGAAGUUGAAGGGAUAGAUGCACUCCAUCAUGAUAAAAAUGAAGCAGGAUGUGAAUGCGAUUGGGACAGUUUGAUAGAUGUUUCGGAGUUGCUUAAUUUCGAGUCACCCAGUGAUACAGUGCUCUAUAAGGGUCCUGGUCAAAGCACAUUAGAUCAUACUAGUUUUAAUAUGUUGGUUGAGAAUGUGAAACCCGAAGCUAAUGUUGACAAUUCUUUAGAAAAGAAUGAAGGUCUUAAGGAGGUGCACGGAAACCAUGUAACGGAUGCUAGUACUUCUGUAAACAAUAAUGAUGCUGGAGAGCCAGCUGAGGGUACGGAUAAUGUGGGCGGAUCAAAUUUAUAUAGUGGCAUGACAAGACGAUGUCUAGUGUUUGAGAUGACAGGAUCUCGAAGGAAGCACUUCGAAGAUGUCUCAAGUGGUGGUUCACUAAAUUUAUCAGAAACAUACGAAACUAUUCUUCCCAACGAUAACCAUUUACUUCCAUUAAGGACUGGAAAUGAUUCCUCUCGAUGUAUUUUACCUGGAACCGGUUUACAUUUAAAUGCUAUUGCUUCAAAUUUAAUUGAUCACAAAACUGUUAAGCAUGAGAGCUUGGAUUCGGGUAGACAACUUACAAUAGCACCUCCUCCUGGUGUUUAUGGUUCCAUGGUUUCUUGUCAAGAUGAUAUAACAAGAAUGUCUGAUGCAUCCUCUAUGGAGAAUGAUACUGGGCUUUGUCAAAAUGGAGUCUCAGUUGCAGAAGAUGCUUCCCAAACACUCGGAUUUGGAAUUAGUGAAGAUUUAAGCCAAAGUCAAACUAGCCCGAGAAAGAAAAGGCGUAGAGAAGCUGGAGAAGCCGAAGCUUGCAAGCGCUGUAACUGUAAGAAGUCAAAGUGCUUGAAGCUUUAUUGUGAAUGCUUCGCUGCUGGUGUCUACUGUUUGAAUAGAUGUUCAUGUCAGGAUUGUUUUAACAAACCGAUACAUGAAGAUACAGUGCUUGCAACUGCCAAGCAAAUUGAACCCCGAAACCCUCUUGCAUUUGCUUCUAAAGUGAUUAAAACCUCUUAUUUCAUGCAACAGGAUGAAUCUAGUAGUACUCCAGCUUCAGCUAGGCAUAAACGAGGAUGCAAAUGCACAAAAUCCAGUUGCUUUAAGAAUUACUGUGAAUGCUUUCAGGGGUACGUUGGAUGCUCCGAUAACUGUAAAUGUGAAGGAUGUAAGAAUACAUUUGGUCGCAAGGAUGGUUUAAAAGUGGAUCCAGAUAGCAUAACACCAUGGGCUUUCCUUGCCUCCCAAAUAUCUGGAAAGCUGAAUCCUUUCAAAGUUGUAGGUGGGAAUAAUAUUGAGAAGCAACUUCAAGCCGUUGGUGAAGAUGAUAUGCCCUUUACCCUAGAAGACAACAAUGGCUCACCAAUUAGAGCCGCGAAAUCCUGCUCACCAAACAGCAAGAGGGUUUUGCCGCGACACUCAGGCGGCAUGGGACAAACCAGCAGCAGAAAGUUAACUUUACAAUAUCGCCCUUCAUUUCCAUGUUUUACUCCUGACGCUAGUUAUAAUGCAAUUCAAGCACCUUGCUUGUCACUAUGAAAAUGGAUGGAUUAUCUUCCUUUAUACUGCAAUUCAAGCACCUUUACUUCA